AUGUCUGGAAUUCUUGCUGUGUCCCUGCUGGCUGUCGCGGCUGCGGCUGCACCGUCUCUCCAGCCUCGACUGAAGGAUGGCUUAGCCAAGACACCGCAGAUGGGGUGGAAUACAUACAACCAUUACUCCUGCUCGCCGAAUGAGACCAUUGUUCGUUCCAAUGCCAAGGCGUUGGUUGAUCUCGGACUCUCGUCGCUCGGAUACCGUUAUGUCACGACGGAUUGUGGCUGGACUGUUGCGGAUCGCUUAGCCGAUGGGUCGUUGACGUGGAAUGAGGAUCUGUUUCCGAAGGGCUUUCCAGCCUUGGGAGAGUAUAUCCAUGGCUUGGGGCUCUUGUUCGGUGUCUACGGAGACACGGGGAUACUCCUGUGCGGCAGUCCCCCGAAUAACACGGGCAGUUUGAACCACGAAGAACAAGACGCUGCAACCUUUGCAUCAUGGAAGAUUGACUCCUUGAAAUAUGACAACUGCUACGCGGACGCGGCCACCAACUUCCCCAACGUGAAUUACGCGCCCAGCACUUCUCCGUCAUCCAGAUAUGCCAUCAUGUCCAAAGCGUUGGCCAAGCAGAACCGCACCGUUCUGUUCCAGAUCUGCGACUGGGGCGUUGACUUUCCUGCGCUCUGGGCUCCCUCCCUCGGCCACUCCUGGCGCAUCGGCAAUGACAUCAUCCCUGCCUGGCGCACCAUCUUCCGGAUCAUCAACCAGGCAGCCCCGCAGACGGACUUUGCCGGGCCGGGGCAGUGGCCCGAUCUUGAUAUGCUGGAGGUCGGCAACGGGAUCUUCUCCAUACCCGAAGAGCAGACACAUUUCUCGCUGUGGGCCAUCCUGAAGAGUCCGCUGACCAUCGGGGCAGCUCUGAAGGAUGAGACUACUGCCAUCAGCGAUGCAUCGCUGGCAAUCCUCAAGCAGAAGGACGUGAUAGCGUUCAACCAAGAUGCGCUAGGCAAGAGCGCGAGUCUGCGUCGUCGAUGGACGGAAGAAGGCUACGAGGUCUGGAGUGGUCCGUUGUCUGGCGGACGAACCGUCGCGGCGCUGGUGAACUGGCGGAACGAGUCGCGCGAGCUGACGCUCGACCUGGCGGAUAUCGGCUUCCAACACGCCGGGACUGUCAAGAAUAUCUGGGAGGGGAGCGUGGCGCAGAACGUGCGCACGUCCUACACCGCCACGGUCGCCGGGCACGGCACGAUGCUGCUCGAGUUGCAUGAUACCACAGCCUCGGGGGAGUAUGCUGCGGAAAUCUUCAGCACAAUAACUGGAAAAACCACAACAUUCGCGCCCAUCUCCGCCAUCACCACAAGCACAAACUACACUCUAACCAUCAACCUCUCUAAGCCCCUCUCAAGCUCGACCACCAUAACCAUAACGACGGGCAGCACCAACGCAACGAGCACCCAGUUCCGCAUCCCCGCCUCAACGACUCAACUCACCACCCCGCUCACGCUCUCGGCCUCCACCAACCUAAGCCUAACCAUCCACCACCCCUCCACCCCGCUCACCAUAACCUCGCUCCACCUCACCCCCCCAGCAGGAACCUACUACCCCUCAACAACCUUCACUCUCUCCGGACCCGCAACCCUGACAACUUGUGGAGCAGGAACCUGCCACCCGGUCGGCGCGAAAAUAGGGUAUCUGUCGCCCACAGGUUCCGCAAAAACAACGGUGCACGCCUCCUCCGCCGGCGAGAAGUAUCUCGAGAUCGACUACAUCAACAACGACAUCGCGUUCCAGUCGGCGUGGAACGAGGGGCGUAAUGCGCGUAAUCUCACCGUCGCGGUCAACGGGGGCACGCCUGUGCGGCUCGAGGUGCCGCUGAGUGGACGAUCGAGUGAGUUGUUCGCGCCUGGGCUGGGGUGGUGGGAUAGCGCCACGCUUGGGGUCACGGUAGACGGGUGGAAGGUGGGCGGCAAUGAGGUUGUUGUUGGGAAUGUUGGCGGCGAGGAUGGGGUGCAGAGUUACGGGGCGGAUUUGGUGGGCUUCAGGGUUUCUGAUUAG